UAUUUAUUCCAACGUUUGCUUUGGGCACACUGGGUGGUUUGUACGUCACAUCAUCGGAAAAUUUUCCAGAAAUUACGUACAAAUUUUACGAAAAAAAUUAAAGAAAAAUUGUUUUUAAAAUUUUUUAAAUUUUUCUUUUAAGUUAAAAAGCGGAAAUAAAAGUGUUUGAAUUAAAAAAGUGCGCUUUUUCGCCGUAAAACAUCAUUUUUACGCAAGCAAAAUGGAUGCAAAGUAGAGACGUAAAAAUUUUGUGUGUGUACCAACGAAAGAGAGGAGAAAACGGAACGCGAGAAAGUGAAGAGAAGAAAUCGUAACUACUCGCUGGUGGUGUGAGUGAGUGUGUGGUAAGAAGCAGACAAAGCAUAACAGACGAAAACUGUGUUGCGCCUGGCAAAAAUGAUGGAAAAUUACGAGGACAUGGAUGUUCGACUAGGACAUAUUAGUUACAAAGAGAUUGGGGAUGUACACGAACUAAAAGUACCAAACGAGCUCAACGAACUAAAAAGUUUUGAGCACACGCAGGCAAAUUUUGAUUUUGGCGCUGAAAUUGUGACAACAAACGUUAAACCAUCAACAGCAGCAACAACAUCAGCAGCAAUAGCAACAGCUACGACGCCAGCAACAAGCGAAACGCAACCAAAAGAAAAUAGUGAAAUCAAAACAAAAACAUUGCCUCAAAUGGGAGAACAUCAAAUUGGCGCCAAUCGAAAUGCCAAAAAUCUAACAAAUAAUUUGGAGCAAACUGACCAGCACAUAAAUAUUUUGGAAAGAUCAUUCUCCGAGGCCGAUGAUGAUGAAGGAGAUGAGGAUGAAAACGAAGAUUACAAAUCAAGCUGGGCCAACAGCGACGACGAUGAUGAUGAUGACUCCUCCAGCUCGGACUGCUCUUCAGUUAGCCGCAGCGACUGGAAGAUGCGUUGGCUACAGCGCGAAUUUUACACUGGUCGCGUGCCCCGCCAGGUUAUUGCCAGCAUAAUGCCGCACUUUGCCACUGGAUUGGCAGCAGACACAGAUGACUCGGUGCUGUGGGACUAUCUGUCACAUCUGCUAAAUGAGCCAAAACGUCGCACCAAGCUGAGCAACGUGAACACCUUUGAUGAUGUUAUUGAUCUUGUGCACAAGUCGGAGCGGAUUAUUGUGCUCACUGGAGCCGGUGUCUCUGUUUCGUGCGGCAUACCAGAUUUUCGAUCUACAAAUGGUAUCUAUGCACGAUUGGCUCAUGAUUUUCCCGACUUGCCUGAUCCACAGGCCAUGUUUGACAUCAACUACUUCAAGCGCGAUCCGCGACCCUUUUAUAAAUUCGCUCGUGAGAUUUAUCCCGGCGAAUUCAAACCCUCGCCGUGUCAUCGCUUCAUUAAGAUGCUAGAGGCGAAGGGCAAAUUGCUGCGCAACUAUACACAGAACAUUGACACCUUGGAGCGUGUAGCAGGCAUACAGCGGGUGAUUGAAUGUCAUGGCUCAUUUUCGACAGCCUCGUGCACCAAAUGCAAAUACAAAUGCAAUGCGGAUGCACUGCGUGCAGAUAUAUUUGCCCAGCGAAUACCCGUCUGCCCUCAAUGCCAGCCGAAUGUGGAGCACAGUGUUGAUGCUUCCGUAGCUGUUACAGAGGAGCAGCUAAAGCAAUUGGUAGAGAAUGGCAUCAUGAAACCGGAUAUAGUCUUCUUUGGCGAAGGAUUACCGGAUGAGUACCAUACAGUUAUGGCCACAGACAAGGACAAAUGCGAUUUGCUGAUUGUGAUCGGCUCGUCGCUAAAGGUACGCCCCGUCGCACACAUUCCCAGCAGUAUACCAGCAUCGGUACCGCAAAUUCUGAUCAAUCGCGAGCAACUGCAUCAUCUAAAAUUCGAUGUAGAACUUUUGGGUGACUCAGAUGUUAUAAUCAAUCAGAUAUGUCAACGUCUUUCGGGCAAUGGCUCCGGCUAUGAUGACGAUGAAUGGAAACAGCUUUGCUGUGACGACCAAGUUUUGCGUGAAUCGAAGGAACUAUUACCGCCGACAGAGCAUCAUUAUCAUCAUUAUCAUUAUCACCAUCAUCGGCUUCGUAGCUCAGAGUGUGAGCAACAAUCGCAAUUAGACACGGACACGCAAUCCCUAAAGUCAAAUGGCUCGGUUGACUAUAUGCUCGGUUCAUCGGCAGGCACAUGCUCCGAUAGCGGCUUCGAGUCUUCCACAUUUACAGCGGAGCACAGCAAGCGAAACCAGUUGCAGCCUCAGAUGCUGCAGCAACCACAAGCUGUCAACAGCAACAGCCACAGCAAUGCAGCCGAUCGAGAAGCCAUUGAACGCAUUAAGAGUGACAUACUCGUAGAAUUGAAUGAAACGGCAUUAAGUUGUGAUCGUCUUGCAGCACCAUCAGUAGCUGGUGCCACUUCCAGCUAUCGUCAUCUUUCCGUUGACUCGUCAAAGGAUAGUGGCAUUGAGCAAUGCGAAGCAUCCGAUCCCAGCAAUACAGAAGCAUCCGCAAAUCCCGGCUAUGCCAGCAAUUUGGAUUCAAACAUUUCUGCGAAUGUGGUUGUGGAAACUAAGACAGCAGCGCCCAGCUUAACGCCGACGCCGCCACAGCCGAGGAGACAAACCAUAGCCGAACGCCUGCAGCCUGGCACAUUCUAUUGCAACAGCAAUAGCUGCUCGUAUGUAUUUCCUGGCGCUCAAGUCUUCUGGAAUAGUGACUUUAGCGAUGACGAAGAGGAGGACGAUGGAGCAAGUGUGCACGAUGCAGAUCUCUUUAGCAACGUUGUGGCCAGCGAUGAGGAAGCAUGCGAUUUAAAUGCAGUGCCCCUGUCACCACUACUACCGCCUGCACUGGAGGCUCACAUUGUCACCGAAAUCACCAAUGGCAAUGCUCUUGAAGUUAUGCCAGCUGUUGCCACCUCAAGCAGCAGUCCCAGCAAUAAACGGCGAAGUGCAACAUCCAUCGAGCAACUGCAAUCGCCAACGCCAUUGCCAACGUCAACAGCCAGUCCAGCGAUUGAAUCUGAAACGCCACCAAUUAAGAAGCGAAGACCCAGUGUAGUUGCUGCAACAGCUACGACUGCAGCUACAUUAACAACUGUGUAAAUGUUUAUAUAUAUUUAGAUGCCGGCUAAGUUAAGUUUAUUAUUUAUUUCCACUGCGACUUUUGAAAGUCAAUUCAAUUUCGACUCAAAAGCCCGAACACUAUUCAAUGUCUAGAGAAGCUCAACACAAAACAGUAAUUGAGGCUUUUGUAAUAUGUCUAUUUGUCUUCUUCAAAUACAACCAACUGAGAGACCCGGGUUUCAUAGUUGGUUUUACGCAUCCCUUUUUUGAUAUUUUUGGAAACUUAGUUUAUAUAUUUAUUCAUUAUGCAGAUAUAUAUCUAUAUAUAUGUAAAAUGUUAGUAUUUUUAUCAUGUUAAGUUGUUGCUGAGGCCUUUAAGUUAAUCCACUGAAAGCAAGGGGAUAAAAUGCACGCAAAUUUUCUAAUUUGCAAUUUGUUAGCGCAUGUUGCCUCAAUAUAUUCA